UGUACGUAUAAGAAUAUAAUAUUUUAAUCAUCUAUAUAUAUACGUACUACAUUUAUUUAAUUAAAAUACACAACGUAGGGUAGGGUGCAGAGAUACAAAUUAAUUAUUAUCUUGCUUAGCGCCUUAGCUUAGCUUCUUGGAUACACAUACAUGUAAAAAUGGAAGAUAUAUACACAACGUAGGGUAGGGUAUUAUAUUCUGAGAUGAGGUACCGGGGCCGCAUGCAUGAAGGGCGGUAUGUAAUUAGGUAUAUAUAGUAGCUAAGAUAAAGCUGGCCGGAUAGAUAUAUGGGUAUUAUGUUUAGAGAAUGAUGUUUACCCAAAUACCUUCACUGGGUAUAGCCUGAUGAACGACGAAGAGCAUGUAAUAUCCGGGCGGAGCCAGAUUGGGCGAAGCGGGCGUGAGCACGGUCAUCUGGUAUGUGUUUUUUGCGGGGGCUGGGACAAGCUGGUUGCCGCCGCCGCCAAGAUCCAACAGCCUCUGGUGUUGCGAAAAUGAAUGGGUGGUGAAGGAGGGCGCAACCAGCGUGGCGGUGACGGAAUCCCCCUCCGCCAGUUGCUCAACCGCGAACUCAAUUACCAGCGCUUCACCGUACCCGAUUCGGGAGUGCGAAGCGGGUGAGGUGGUUAUGCGCGGGCGCAGCCCUGCAGUGGCCGGAUCCAGGUAUGCGGGCGAGAACGCCUCCAGCCGCAACUCCGUGGGGAAGCGCGCGUUGGCGAACACGUAGUUGGCGUGCGGGUUGCUUCCGCCCACCAGAACCCGACCGUCUCGCAGCAACAGCGCGGACGAGUGGUACAUUCGUGGGAUGGGGCUCGGCUUUUGCACCUCGAAGCGCAGCCCGGCCGGAUUGUCAUGGUAGUAGAUGACCGGGUUGAGAACCGGGUUCCUGGCGUCAUCGUACCCGGCGGUGCCCCGCCCCGCGCCGUUGAUGAUGAGCACGUUCCCGUUGGGGAGAGUGAUCAUGUCACCCAUCACCCGCCCCAAAGGCAUGCUCUCCAUCGCCCACUUUGGUUCCGCGUCCGUGAUCCUCAUCCUCCCGCACGUGCUCAGCGCGCCCAUGAACUCCCCCCGCUCCGAAGCAGGAAACGCGCCUUUUGGUGCACCACCACACACCAACACCUCCGCUGUUAUAUCUCCGCCUUCCGACUUCUUCAAUGGCAGAAGCACUGCCGAUCCUGUGCUCGGGUAACACCUGCCGGCCAAAACAUCCAACAUUUUGUGUCAACACAAAUCACUUUUAACCUCUUACUUUAUAUAUCAAAUUCUUAUCAAAUUUGAUUCUGAUUUUUGACACUUUGUAAAACCUUUAAUGUAGUUUCUGAAUAUGUAUUUUUCUCUCUAAAAAUAAUAUGUGUGCGAAUAGGGAUUUGUUUGCUUUAUCUAAGUCAAAUAUCAUAAACCGCAAUGAGACAACAAUAAUGGGACAUGGGAAGCAGUGAGGCAUCUUCUUCUCAUUUUAAUAUUCUUCUACUUUCAAUUACUUAUACGGAGAUUCCCAAAAUAUGAGUAAAUGAAGUUUGGAAUUCCAAAAUAGGACUAUUUAUUAUGUUUGUAUUCCCGAAAUAUGACUAACAUGUGAGUAUUUACUUUCAUCUUGUAGACGU